AUGGCCUCUCAAAUUUUCAAUCAUGAUGAGCUUGAAGCAGAAAUACAAAGAUGUAAAGAUGAAGACAUAUAUAAGGAAUCUUUAACGUUAAAGAAGUCGAAGCAUUCCUUAGACAGUGAUGAAGAAGAUGAUGAUGAAAAAACUGGAAAGUAUAAUGUUCUUGAUCCCAAUGAAUUAGAAGGUCAAGAAGAUCGAACCAUUGAUUUUGAUGGUGAAAUAAAGAUUACACCAUUUAACAUGAAAGAGGAAUUAGAAGAAGGAUACUUUGAUAAAGAAGGAACUUAUAUUUUCAACAAGGAAGAAGAUGUUAUUAAAGAUCAGUGGUUAGAUGACAUUGACUGGGUGAAAGUGAAAAAUAUUGAAACUUCUAAAAGAAAUUUGAAUGACAGUGAUAGCGACGAUGAACUGCCCGAAGUGAAUUUAUUUUCUCAUUACUCCAAAAUGUUAACCCUAAUGAAGCCUAAAGAGACUGUGCAAAAAGCCAUAUGCAGGUUAGGUGGUUCCAAAUCUGGGUCUGGAAGUGCUAGCAGUCGCUGGAAGAAGAAAAAAGAAAAUGGUGCAAAUGCAGAAAAUUCAGAAGAAACAGAAAAUAAAGAGAAGCUUGCGUUGCUGACAAGCUUAGCAAAUGAUAUCAUUCAGUCUGGAGACAUGGACAUUUAUCAACAAACAUAUGAAAAGAUGCAGUUUCAUGUUAAUAAAACUUCAUCUUCUACCCUUAAUAUUAGUGAGAAAAAUGAUGAAGCUGCUUUAGACAUGUUUGGAGAUGAUUUUGAAGAAACAGUUGAUGAAUCAAAACCAUCGCAGUCUGGUCAAGACUCCUCGCCACCACACUCAAGUGUCGUUGAUCCUGAUGCAGAAGUUCAGUGGGAAUUCAAGUGGGAAAAUACAAAUGAUGCCAAAAUAUAUGGACCCUAUCCUACUUCUCAAAUGUUUCAGUGGGUAACUGAGAAAUAUUUCGAAGAUGGAGUUUUUGUCAGACAAGUUGGAAAAACAGAUCCUUCUUUUAAUUCGUCCAAAAGGAUAGAUUUUGAACUUUACUUAUAACAAAUAAUCAUGCUCAUGUCACUUGUUCUUAUGCGAACUCCAACCUGUAAUAUAUUCCCCCUUCCUUUCAGCAUAAAUAUCAUCUUUUGUUCCACGGCCGUAACCAGAAAAUAAUUUCCGGGAGGGUUUAAAAACUUUCAUGUGGAGCUUGUGCUAUUUGUGCUAAUGUUCAAGUCGUCAGGUUAUCUGUUACAAAAGUUUUUUCUGCAAUCAAUAUAUGAAAGACACUUGAGUUUUGGAACAAUAUUAUUUAGAAAUUUUUAAAUAAAAACGAACAUUUAAAUGUCAAACCAAACUUUUUUGAGGUGGGGGGGAGUUGAACCCUAAGAACCGCCCUCCCUUGUACACGGCCCUGUUUUAUUCAUUCAUUCCAAUGAAAUAAAAAUUCAAAUUUUAUCCAAGCUUUUAAAAUUAGUUGUUGCUGUUUCACUCAAAAUAAGUUUUUGAUGAUUGAAUUGAUGAUUUUGUCACUUAUUUUUGUAUAAACUCCAGCCUGUAGUCUACUUUCUUUCUUUUUUCAUUUUUCAACAUAUCAUAUUUAGUUAAUUCAUUGCACAGAAAUAUAAAUCAAAUUAAGUCCAAACUGUUAAAGUUAGUUUUUGCUUCUUCACUCAAAAUAAGUUUUUG